GAGAACAUCGACGUUAUUGGGAGUGUGUGUGCCUCCAUGCUACAUGACAUAGAUUAAGUCAGCGAAGGUCGCGACAUUGAACAAGGCACGACAUGGCGCAACCUGAUCAGGAUGUUCUGUCAAGAACGGAUAUCGAUCUUUCCGCUAGGGAUGAUAACGAUAGCCUCACCACCAACAGAAACAGUCGAACCCUAAUUCUCCACUCCGGGUCUCAAACUUCCGGAUGGUACCGGUUUCUCCCCAGCCCGUUCAAGAUGGCUGGCGCCGCUGUUUUGUUCAGUCUGCUAGGCUUCUUAUGGCCCGGGCAAGGACCAGUCGACCCUACCGAUUACGCGGAGCGCACGAGGCGAGUACUCAAAACAACGCCCUUGAUCGAUGGCCACAAUGACUUUCCGUUGAUGCUGCGGAUUGAGCUGCAUAACCGCAUUUACGAUGGUCGCUUUGACUUUUCCAAAAAGUUGUUGGGCCAUACAGAUUUGCAGCGGAUGAGGCAAGGUAUGGUUGGCGGCCAAUUUUGGAGUGUUUACGUAGACUGCGACGCGAAGCAGACACAUUUUGACACUCCCUCGUGGACUGUUAGAGAUACGUUAGAGCAAAUCGACAUCACCCGCCGCUUCAUCAAUGAGCAUCCAAAGGACCUCGAAUAUUGUGAUACAGCAGCAUGCGUCCGGAAGGCAUUCAAAUCCGGGCGCAUCGCAAGCAUGAUUGGAAUCGAGGGCGGUCAUCAAGUCGGCAGCAGCAUCGCCACCAUCCGACAGAUGUAUGAUCUCGGGGCUCGGUACCUGACUCUCACGCAUAACUGCGCGAACGCGUUUGCAACUGCUGCAUCUACAGUCGCCGCAGACGCCAAAGGACACGACGGGGGAUUGACUACACUUGGAAGAAAGGCUGUAGGAGAGAUGAACCGGUUGGGGAUGAUGGUAGAUCUCUCUCACGUCUCACACCAGACCAUGCGCGAUGUGCUGAGUGUCGCUCGCGCGCCUGUCAUAUUCUCACACUCAGGCGCAUACGGCAUCUCAGCCCACCUCCGUAAUGUCCCAGAUGAUGUGCUUCGGUUAUUGAAACAAAACGGGGGCAUUGUCAUGGUGGUAUUCUUGAAGGAGUUCCUCGACGUCAAAAACCCGGAGCAAGCCAGUAUAUACGACGUUGUCGAUCACAUUCUAUAUAUUGCUGACGUCUGCGGCUGGGAGUGCGUUGGAAUCGGAAGCGAUUUCUUCGGAGCGGCUCUUGCGCCCAUUGGACUGGAGGAUGUUUCCAAGUAUCCGAGCCUGAUUGAGCUUCUGAUGCAGCAUGGCGCGACAGAUGAGCAGGUCCGCCUGCUAGUCGGAGACAAUAUUCUUCGGGUCUGGGGGGCUGUCGAGAAGCGUGCCUGGGAAAUUCAGAAAUCUGGAGAAAAGCCAGCCGAGGAAGAGUAUGAGGAUAGAAAGUGGACUGAAGGACUUCCCGGAGAUCCUUAUAUGCUCAGAAGAAAUGCAUAAGCUGCGCGACUGUUGAGUGACAUAAUGUCUGAUGUGGAGAGGGAAGGGUGUGGUUUUCGAUAGCUUUGAUCCAUGCUGGAUGCUGGGCAGAAGACGAACGCCAGGCAAUAUAGAUCACAUCAUGCGGGCAAUUACUUUCAUAUCGAAUACAUGGGCUGGGUUCACAGAGCCGUGGCCCGAAGCUAAAUAAUCCGAG